UCAUGUAGUUAGGUGGGGCUGCUCACCUUCUUUUGUCAAGGUCUUGUUUCAAGAACCUUAAAAUGAGCAUUAGGGAAAAUUAUUAGGCACUGGCUUUGCACUUGAGCACAAUAUAAGUUCCUUUUUACAGUUAAGCCUGUUUUUCAAGCUACAUCUGUAAGUUGUGAUUUUUGUUUGAUUUUACAGAUGAGGACAAUCAUGGCGAAGACUCCUCAUGAUUCUUCUUUCUCCUUCUCAAGGAGAUUCUUUCAUUGGAAGAAGAAUGUUUCUGAAGAAGAUGAUGAUAUGGAAGAAAUCUUGACUUUCAACUCAUCGCGUGUUUCUGAGUUGAGACUGGAUGAUCUUGAUCUCUCGGGACAAGCACUGCCUGUCCCGGGGAUGGUGCCAAGUAAGAAGCGAUCAAUUGUGUCAGUUUCUAGUCUCCGAUCAGCUCUGACAUUCGGUAAGAGUACUUCAGGUCUUGGCAGCAAAGUGGUAUGCACCCUUUUUGGUUACAGGCAUGGGCGUAUUCAUGUUGCAUUCCAGGAUGAUGUUAAGCUGAGUCCCGCUUUUCUGGUUGAACUAGCUACCCCGACAAGUGUGCUGGUUCGUGAAAUGGCUUCUGGAGUGGUCCGAAUAGCCUUGGAGUGUGACAAGAAAGUAGUGAAGAAACGUACUAAGCUACUGCAGGAACCAAUCUGGCGAACAUACUGCAAUGGCAAGAAAUAUGGGUACGCCACAAAAUGUGACUGUGGACCGGAGGAAUGGUCAAUUCUGAACGCUGUUGGCCCGAUCACUAACGGAGCUGGUGUGCUGCCUGUGAAGAACAAGGCCGGUGUCUCAGAAGGGGAGCUCAUGUACAUGAGAGCCAAGUUUGAACGAGUUGUCGGGACAAGAGACUCUGAAGCCUUCUACAUGAUCAACCCUGAUGGUAAGGGAGGUCCUCAACUCAGUAUCUUUCUUCUAAGAGUUUAAGAGUUGCGUCUCUGAAAGUCAUCUUUCCGACUUAUAAGUCACUUAUAAGUAAAAAAAAACAUGUUUGUCACACGGACUUAUUAAGCUUCAAAGUAUUAGUUUCAUGUAUUGAUUGCAGAUUUACAAGUGUUAUGGAGAUUUUGGUUGAAUCCUCAGUUCCUUGAGUA